AUGGUGAAGCAACGACGUUUGAGGCAUAUUGCGGUGGUACUCGAGUGGCCCAACGAGCAGACCACAACCAGCAAACCACUGUGCUGGUGUUCGUGUCAUUCUACAGGUUUGCUACCAUUGAUUCGUAGGUUGAUUCUUUCUCACCUGAAGUCGGGUAGAUUUAGUGGAUGGGAAGGGACGCAUUGUUCACAGAUAUUGGCAAUGGUCUUUAAUUUGUUGAAUGAAUGGGAACCAAUGGGGCCAAGAGGGUCUGUUCUUGAAGAAAGGAUGAACUGUGCACAUAAGGUGCUCGAUAAAAUGUCUGUGAGAGCAUUUUCGACUGGAAUGAUGGAAGGGGUCUCGAUGGGGCAAUUGCUUCGAUCGUUUUAUGAACCACAAGAUCUUAUCGUGAAAACGUCUACUCAAAACCACAAGGUUUCUGCUAUUUUGGUGUUUGGAGACUCCACUUCUGAUCCUGGAAACAACAACUACAUUCUGACCCAUUUCAGGGGCAAUUUCCCAGCUUAUGGGAGAGAUUUUGCAAACCAAAAAGCGACAACGAGGUGUACCAAUGGAAAGAAACACAAUCCUAAUUUUCGAAUUUUUUGGUAA